AUGAAAUUCGCCCAUUCACUUGUGCUAAAUGCUGUACCAGAAUGGCUUGAUCAAUAUGUCGACUAUGAUCGCUUAAAAAAGAUACUUUAUCAGGCUGAGAGGCAGAAGAUGGACCAGCGAAAUCUCAAUGCCAAGAGCCAAAUGGACAAAGUUGAAUCUGGUCUGAAAAGUGAGAAAGAAGCUAUCAAUAUACAAGCAUCCUCUUCCGAAAAGCAGCCUUUCAAUAUUACUGUUAAUGCUGAAAACGAAGAGUUUAUAAAAGAAUUAGAUACACAAUUGGACAAAGUAUCCAGCUUUUUUUUGAUGAAAGAAGAAGAAUUUUUGAGCGAUGCUGAGGAUUUAUUUGAAGAAUUUCAAACGUUCAAUAUUCCUUUACCGGAUGAAAGUAAACAGCCUGUAAUCGAAACCAUUCCCACAAAAAGUGCAUUGGAAAAGCUAGACUCUGGGUUUUCAGGACGUUUCCGUUCUAGAAGAGUUUCUAGAGAUUCUUAUACUACUAUGUCCACCUCUAUCGCUGAAUCGGACAAUGAAGAUGAGGGUCAGAAUCUUACAGCAAGAGAAAGGCAGUCAUCCGCCGCUAAUACUUCAACUGUCAGACAAAGCGGUUCAGAAACGUUACGUAAUCAAAACCAACCAAAUUAUAUACAAUUAGACGAUGAUGAUAGCGCGUCCAAAAAAUCUGUACCUACUGGUACGUCAGUGUCACCGACAACACACCCUCCCGCACGGUCGAAUACAGUGAGCGUCAGUAAUUUGCGCUCGCGUCGUGGCUCUGCUAUAGAAAGAACGCUAAGUCAGCACGAAAAUAUGCCGGCUUAUGCAGAAGAAUUACCACCCAAACCUCCCACCCGUAUUAUGCAAACGGUUGGGCUAAGAUUUGGGCGUAGACGAGGCUCUCAUGUCUCCAUGGGGCAACCUGACACUGUCAGCGAAUUUAAUCAAUAUUACAACUUUCGCGUACGAUGCGCAGCAACCUAUAUUUCUCUAACAGAACUUAAGCAGUAUGCUAGCACAAACCGAACAGCUUUUGAGAAAAUUUUGAAGAAAUGGGACAAAGUAAUGGAAUCCAAUCUUCGUGAAGCUUAUUUUCAGAAAGUGGUUAAAACGACAGACGCAUUUACUCCCGAAAACAAAGUACGCUUAGAAAAUGCUUUGGAACAAGUCCUUGGAAUGUAUGCCGCUGUCUUCACCAUGGGUAAAAAACAUAACGCUGAAAUUGAAUUGAAAAUGCAUAUGCGUGAUCAUAUCCAAUUUGAGCGAACAUCGGUUUGGAAAGAUAUGGUGGGAAAGGAACGUCAAACGCUUGAUGCGCAUGCAGCCAUUGUCCAAAAAGGUUUUCAUAUACCUUAUAUAAAUUGUUUUGUUAGUCGAAAAACGAUCCAGAAUAUUAUUGGCUUUCUCAUCAGUAUUAUAUUAUAUAUUGUCUUGAUGUGCGUCGAUACUAUGGGUCAGUACGAAGCGAGUAAAUGUCUGGCUCUUCUGAUUUUUGCUGCCCUCAUGUGGGCUUUUGAAUGUAUUCCCUUGUUUGCUACAGCUUUUCUUAUUCCCCUCAUGAUCGUUCCAAUGCAUAUUAUAAAGGAUAGCAAUGGAAAUGUUUUACCUGCACCUACUGCUGCAGGGUUGGUGUUCAAUCAAAUGUUCAAUGAUACUAUUAUGGUUCUUCUCGGUGGCUUUGCUAUCGCUGCUGCUCUCAGUAAACACGGUGUUGCCAAGGCAUUCGCUUCCACGAUUUUAAGUAAAGCUGGCUCUAGACCGCGCUGGGUCAUCUUGACAAAUAUGUGUCUCGCCACUUUUCUGAGUAUGUGGAUCAGUAAUGUUGCAACUCCCGUGCUAUGUUUCUCUUUGGUUGAUCCUAUUUUGAGAACACUGAAGCCAAACUCAAAGGUUGCGCCUUGCUUGCUCAUGGGUAUUGCCCUUGCUAGUUGUAUCGGCGGUCUUUCCUCACCCAUUUCUUCUCCUCAAAAUAUUGUCACUAUCAACUUGAUGAACCCUAACCCAGGAUGGGGCAUUUGGUUUGGUGGUGCUUUACCAUGUGCUGUCGUCUGUAUUCUGACCACCUGGCUGCUGCUUCUUCUUUAUUUCCGUCCUGACCGCGAUACACCUCAUCUCAAUGUCAUCAAAUCCCAAGGCUUUUCCAGACCUACUUAUGCUCAAGUUUGGGUCUGUAUCGUGUGUGCUGCUACUAUUGCUUUAUGGUGUGCUGAAUCUUCCAUUUCUGGUUUCUUUGGUAACAAUGGUGUUAUUGCUGCCAUUCCUUUUGUAUUGCUAUUUGGUACCAACAUGUUGAAUAAAACCGACUUGAACAACUUUUUAUGGUCCGUGGUUACUCUAGCGCAAGGUGGUAUGGCUCUUGGUUAUGCCGUUAGAACAUCUGGUCUUUUGAAUGUGAUCGGUCAUAAUAUUGCUUCCAACGUGAAUCAUCUCUCCGCUUUAUCUGUCAUAUUUAUUUUUGGCAUGCUUGUUCUGGUUUUCGCCACAUUCGUCAGUCAUACGGUGGCGGCUUUGGUUAUUUUACCUAUUGUUCAGCAAGUGGGUCAAAACUUACCUGUUCCACGACCGAACUUAAUGGUUAUGGUUACUGGCCUCGUAUCUUCUGUUGCAAUGGGUUUGCCUGUCUCUGGUUUCCCCAAUAUGAAUGCUAUUAUGCUUGAGGACCCUACUGGUAAACCUUACCUCACAAUCAAAGAUUUCUUACUGUGUGGUGUUCCCUCAUCCAUUGUAGCUGCUGUCCUGACUAUCUGCUUGGGCUAUGGUAUCGUCAGCGGUGUCGGCUAUUAG